UGGCAGUCGUCGGUGUUCCAGCUGGUGGGAGUUGGCUUCACGGUGCUGGGCGCUGGGCCCCUGGUUUAUGUAGCUGGGAAGUUGGGCUGCGGGGUCGCCCCUGUCCUCCUGCCUUCCAGUGUUUCCCGGGUUUCCGUCUGCGGGCGUGGGGCCUCGCCAAGGACUCGCCGGCCCUGUGGGGCCGCGGCUCGAGGGGUGCCUUUUUGCGAGUUCUCAUAAGUACAUCUUAAAGCCUUCAAGAUGGUUCUAGCAGAUCUUGGAAGAAAAAUAACGUCAGCAUUACGCUCAUUGAGCAAUGCCACCAUUAUCAAUGAAGAGGUAUUAAAUGCUAUGCUAAAAGAAGUAUGUACAGCAUUAUUGGAAGCAGAUGUUAAUAUUAAAUUAGUGAAGCAACUGAGAGAAAAUGUUAAGUCUGCAAUUGAUCUUGAAGAGAUGGCAUCUGGUCUGAACAAAAGAAAAAUGAUUCAGCAUGCUGUAUUUAAAGAACUUGUAAAGCUUGUAGACCCUGGAGUUAAAGCAUGGACCCCGACUAAAGGAAAACAGAAUGUGAUCAUGUUCGUUGGCUUGCAAGGGAGUGGUAAGACGACGACAUGUUCAAAGUUAGCAUAUUAUUAUCAGAGAAAAGGUUGGAAGACCUGUUUGAUAUGUGCAGAUACAUUCAGAGCAGGCGCUUUUGACCAGCUAAAACAGAAUGCCACCAAAGCAAGAAUUCCAUUCUAUGGAAGCUACACAGAAAUGGAUCCUGUCAUCAUUGCAUCUGAGGGAGUGGAGAAGUUCAAAAAUGAAAAUUUUGAAAUCAUUAUUGUUGAUACAAGUGGUCGGCACAAACAAGAAGAUUCUUUGUUUGAAGAAAUGCUUCAAGUUUCUAAUGCUAUACAACCGGAUAACAUUGUUUAUGUGAUGGAUGCAUCCAUUGGACAGGCUUGUGAGGCCCAGGCGAAGGCUUUUAAAGAUAAAGUAGACGUAGCUUCAGUAAUAGUGACCAAACUUGACGGCCAUGCGAAGGGAGGCGGCGCUCUGAGUGCAGUUGCUGCCACAAAAAGUCCAAUUAUUUUCAUUGGUACAGGGGAGCAUAUAGAUGACUUUGAGCCUUUCAAAACACAGCCUUUUAUCAGCAAACUUCUUGGUAUGGGUGACAUUGAAGGACUGAUAGACAAAGUCAACGAGCUGAAGCUGGAUGACAACGAGGCGCUCAUAGAGAAGCUGAAGCAUGGUCAGUUUACAUUGCGAGACAUGUAUGAACAGUUUCAGAAUAUCAUGAAAAUGGGCCCAUUCAGUCAGAUCUUGGGGAUGAUUCCAGGUUUUGGAACAGAUUUUAUGAGCAAAGGAAAUGAACAGGAGUCAAUGGCCAGGCUAAAGAAGCUGAUGACGAUAAUGGAUAGUAUGAAUGAUCAAGAACUGGACAGUACAGACGGUGCCAAGGUUUUUAGUAAGCAACCAGGCAGGAUCCAGAGAGUUGCCCGAGGGUCAGGUGUAUCAACAAGAGAUGUUCAAGAACUUCUGACUCAGUACACCAAGUUUGCACAGAUGGUCAAGAAGAUGGGAGGUAUCAAAGGACUUUUCAAAGGGGGUGAUAUGUCUAAGAAUGUGAGUCAGUCACAGAUGGCAAAAUUGAAUCAACAAAUGGCCAAAAUGAUGGAUCCACGAGUUCUUCAUCACAUGGGUGGCAUGGCAGGACUUCAGUCCAUGAUGAGACAGUUUCAGCAGGGUGCUGCCGGCAAUAUGAAAGGCAUGAUGGGAUUCAAUAACAUGUGAAGAAGAGCCUUCCCAUAGACUGACGUGGAUGGUUAUGUUACCUCCUUAGACCUCAGCGACUCCCCCUUUGCAAGUGGGGGGAAGUUUCUUGCUGUCCCGCUCUCCUUCUUUAGUCUCGCCCGUUUCCUUUUGUCUGCCUUCUCUCCUGACGGGAGGGAGGAGUGGCUGCUCUUUCAGAAGUCAUCCUGUCUCUGCUUCAGAUCUUCCUGCAGUUUGACCGUCACAACACUUCUUAAGUUAGAGAAAUCAUGGUGUCAGAUUUUAGUACUUAAAGAUUUGUAAUCGUCUCAAAAGCCAAGCGUCACAUUUAUAAACAGUCCCGAUCAGUAAAUUACAUGAUAUUGAAGGAAAGUGCUGCAAAAUAAACUUCAAGUGAUAAGUUGAA